UGUUAAGGAGCAAGGAAGUUCGAGCUAGAAUUACUUUAGACAAUAGACACAGCCUAUCAGUAUAUGCAGCACGUAAAAUGCAUCCUGAAUGUGAUCUGUACAAUGACAACGAUUCAGAAGAUAAUGUCUAUAAUCCAAAGGCUCUGAGACAUCUACGCCUCAGACAUACUAAAACUACAUUGGGAAGAAUGGAAAGAAGGACUGCAUUAUCUCUACGACCUAUAACUGUUAAAUCAUAUGCAGAUCCUCAUUCACCCAUCACUUACAACUCGGAGGAGAGUGAUUUGGAUUUGGGAGUCCGCAGGAGUGCGAGAAAUCGAAGGCAGAAGUACGAAAAUAUGACCUGGUUAGCUGACGAUCAGAUUUCUAAAGUUGGAUAUCCGAAUUUAGACGAUCGGGGAUAUUCAGAAGAAGAUAGUAGGGAAGCCCAAGAGACUCCCUUAAACAGAAAUCGAAAUAUCAUUUAUGAAACACGACACAGUUCAAGACAUGAUGUCGUGAAUGGCAUGAGAGAACGCAGGAAUUUAAGAUGCCCAAAGAAGUACAUGUUUGAAUUUGAAACAACUACAAACAGAUGCAGAAGAGGUGGUAAUGGGGGACAAGCUGAAGUUAUGGUUGAGAAGGAAGGAAAGAGGUCGAAAAUAGGGAGUACUAUAAGUAAAGAAAACGAGAAAGAUGGUAAGGAUAAGAACGACGUCAGCAGAUCCAAUGGAAAAUUGAAAACGACGCCAGAAAAUAAAGAUAAAUUAACCGAGGAUUCUAAGAAGAACGACGUCGAAAAAAGUCCAAAGGGCGAGAAAAAGGAAAUUGACCAGGAGUAUUCUGAUAACGAGGCACGUAGAGUCCUUCGUACACGUCGUAUGGUGAACAGGGGUCUUGCUGAAGAAAAGUACACAGAACGAACUCAAAGAAAUGAAAGAAAAGAGUCAGUCAGUUCGAGCUCUUCUGAAGGCGGCCGUGUGUAUUCAUUAAGAGAACGCGUUCCAAAAAAAACAAAUAAUGCCAUGCGCGAAGGACCUGUAAUUCGUUCAAAGCUAGACCCAGUAAUACACACCAGAAGACACUACUCCCUUAGAAGAACACGAAGAAAAGUUUCUAGUUCAACUGAAGACUCCACAGAUUCAGAAGAGCUAUGUAGAAAACCAUCAAAAUAUAGGACCAAUUCUAAAACUGGUCAUGGUAAAACAGAACAAAUUAAAUCGGGUUCUGGAAGUAGCAAGCCAAUGCCUAUUAAUCCAGAAGCUAUCGACAACAGUGUGAGGUUCAGCAGUGUAGGGGGGCUGGACGGACACAUACGCAGCCUUAAGGAAAUGAUCUUACUGCCUAUGAUGUAUCCAGAAAUUUUCAAUCAGUUUAAGAUCGAACCUCCUAAAGGUGUCUUAUUUUAUGGACCUCCAGGUACCGGUAAAACUUUGUUAGCUCGUGCCCUUGCAAACGAGUGCAGCUUUGGGUCGCGUAAAGUGUCCUUUUUUCUUCGAAAAGGGGCUGACCUGUUAAGCAAAUGGGUUGGCGAAUCAGAGAAACAACUUCGGCUUCUCUUCGAACAGGCUCAAGAAAUGAAACCGUCCAUAAUAUUCUUCGAUGAGAUCGAUGGUUUAGCUCCCGUUCGUUCUUCCCGUCAAGACCAGAUUCAUGCGAGCAUAGUUUCGACCCUUCUGGCCCUCCUUGAUGGUCUUACAAAUAGAGGGGAUGUUAUUGUAAUCGGCGCGACAAAUCGAAUUGAUGCUGUAGAUCCGGCUCUACGUAGACCUGGCCGGUUCGAUCGCGAACUUUUCUUCCCGUUACCUUCGAAGAAGGAACGAGUGGAAAUCCUGAGAGUACACGUGUCCCAGUGGACUCGUCCCCCUAGCGACGAACUUAUAGAUUAUCUUGCAGAAAGCGCCAUUGGGUAUUGUGGUUCUGAUUUAAGGGCCUUGUGCUCCGAAGCUGUUAUACAAAGCUUAAGGAGGACGUAUCCACAAGUCUAUUUGGCGAAUCAUAGACUGUUACUUGACUCGGAGAAAGUUCAGGUUGAAAAAUUGGACUUUUUACGGGCCAAAUCACUUUUAGUACCUGCUUCACAUAGAAUUGCUCAAGGUGUAGGUAGGAAGUUACUUCCCUUGUUACAGCCCCUUUUAGGGGAACCCCUCAAAAAUACCUUAAGUGUUCUUCAGCAGACCUUUCCUCAUGGCUUAAACGUGGAGUUGGGAAAAGUGAAAAUUUCUGCCUGUGUAAGACCUACACAACUUUUGCUUCUCGGGGACGGUGCCAAACAUGGUCAGAGCUUAUAUUUGGCCCCCGCCAUUUUACACCAUAUGGAGCAUAUCCACGUACAUGUACUUAGUUUGGCUUCUCUUUUCAAAGAAACUGGGAAAUCGCCAGAAGAAUCGUGCUUGCAGAUUUUUAAUGAAGCGAGAAGAAACGUUCCAAGUGCAAUAUACAUCCCUAGCAUUGACGAAUUUUGGCUUCUGAUAAAUGAAACUAUAAAAGCGAUUUUCUUGUCACAACUAGCCCAAUUAGACCCCAACAUACCCGUUCUGAUCUUAGCUACUGCAGACACAAACUAUAGCAACUUACCGGAACAGAUUCAAAACAUAUUUUCACAAUAUCGUAAAGAAGUGAUAACGUUAAGGCCUCCGGACAGCUCCAGUCGCAAAGAAUUUUUUAAGCCUCUUAUAAUUGAAGCGGCGUCGAAAGCUCCGCGGGUUCCUCGAAAACGUCCUAGCACACCUCCACCCUUACCUCGAGCCCCGACUCCACCUCCUACGCCAUUGACCGAAACUGAGGCCAUGAAACUUUUCGAAAAGGAGGAGAGAACACUUAUGGAGCUUCGAAUAUUCUUAAGAGAUAUGUGCAGAAAAUUGGCAAACAACAAAUUAUUUUAUAUGUUUACAAAACCAGUCGAUACAGACGAGGUUCCUGAUUAUACAUCUAUUAUUAAGCAACCGAUGGAUCUGGAAACUAUGAUGACCAAAGUUGAUUUUUAUAGAUACGAAUGUGCCAAAGACUUUCUAGACGAUAUCGAGCUUAUUGUUCAAAAUGCGUUGGAAUAUAAUCCUGCUAAAUCAUCCGCAGAUAAGCAAAUAAGACAUAGGGCGUGCUCCUUACGAGACUAUGCGCACGCUUUGAUAAAAAACGAAAUGGACAGCGAUUUUGAAGAUACCUGCCAGGAAAUUUCUAAGAAUAGAAGAAUGCGAAAAGUUAGCGUAACGAAUUAUCUUCCGGCAUACAUACAAGCUCCUGGAAUUGAUACAAAAGUAACAUCUAUAGACGCAUCAGACGAUAAGAACGAAAAGCAUGAUAUUAGCAUGAAUGGCGUUAGUUCGUGCAUGGAACAAACCAGUCCUUUGACUAAGUUGACUCAUUCGAAUAGGAAAAGAAAAGCUGGGUCCAGUUGGAAAAGAGGGAUUUUAAAAAAGAAAAAGAAAAAGGACAGACCUGUGUUAUCAGAAAAUCCUGCAGAUGAUCAGAACGAUGAUAGGUCUUCUGGAGACGAAUCGAAGGAGAAUAAACCGGACGGUCUUUCUGACAGCGUGCUACAAGCUGAUGAAGAUCAACACCAAAAUGUACAAGUGCACAACACUGCCAAAGAAGUUACUGCCCCUUUAAGCAUCAAUUGUGAUUCUUUAACAACCACCUCUCCUUCUAGUCUACUACAAUCUUCGAGUUCAAAAAAGAUUUUAAAUGAAUUGUUAAGCCCUUCGCAGCUUUUAGACGACCCUUUGCUGGAUAUUGACGAUAUCGAUCAGGCUCUGGUUGAAGAACAAGAUGAAAUUGCAAAGGACAGCAAGCAUGUAGAUGUAAAUAAAGAAGAACUGGGGGAAGUAUUAAAACAUGUUGUUGAAGUGACUGACGGUCAUUCUUUACAGUCUUUAUUGGACCUCCAUAAUCAGUUGAGCAAAAUUGUAAGGCUGUAUAGUAGGUCACAUAAUAGAAAAACUUUACCAAAAGACUUACAAAAAGAAUUAGUUCGAUAUAAAAAUGAACAUGUUGUUUUGACUGGUCGGGAUUCCCAUUCCACUGUUGAUUAGCACAUUUGUUGUUGCAAAUUUUUGUCACUGCCACUUUUUGUAGGACAUCGUCUAACUUUACUUAUCAUUUUAUUACUUAAAACGACUAUUAAUAAUAUUGAGAAUAAAUUUAAUUUAAUAAACUCUUAUUUUUAUACAACAAAUAGUACAGCAGCUGCAUCAUACAUGGGAUAUGGAUUGUAUAGAUCAAUAUAGCACUUAUUAAUAAUACUUCAUUUUAUUGUUUAAAUUAUUUCUUAGUUUUAGUUUUGAUGGAAUGAUUGUGUUCAGUAGAUUAUUUUAAUUUUAACAUGUAUACUA